UCAUGCUGGAUUGAUAUCAGGGCCAAUGUAUUCAACCUUUUCUGGCCCAUGGUGGGUUGCGAGUGAAUGUUUAUCAUUUUAAGCUUGGAAAAAAGACCCUUAAACCCAGACUUGGACCACACACCCACUCCACUGACCAGCAGGCUAGCUAGUGAUUGCUUUGCAAAACUUGCAGUUAGCCACUGAUUCCUUCCAAACCACUCAUUGUUGAAUUUGCGAUAUCCAACUUGUUGUGUAAUGUUUAUGUCCAAUGGCUGAAGAGCACCGAUACAUUUUAUCUAUAAUUUCUCUUCAUAUGACAAGGAAUGAAAAGGAUUUGCCAGUAGAUUGUCAACUUGAUUCAUGAUGAUGACUGCUUGCUAGCUACGAUUUUGAAAGUAUGAUGUUGACAUGCUCUGUCCAAUCAAAUCUCCGGUUAAUAUAAUGUGAUUUGACGUCAUUUUAUCUGUGGCCAAUAACCUUGAGGCUUCUUGGAUGGGCACUUCUAAUGUAAAUCUAUGGCUGCACCCAAGGGGCUUGAAUUUUCGAGCUCUACCUGUAAUUUUUGUGGUGACGUAGUGACCCCAUGAGUGACAGAACACUGAGCCAAUCACGGCACAACCAGAGAACAUUACUAACCCCUAAGCUCCAUAUUUUCCGAUGGUUGCCCCACAACCAUAGAAAGCAUAGCUAGACUGAAACACCGACAUUUUGGGGCUGCCUUAUAAAAGACAGCAAAAAAGAGACCAUGUUUGUAUGCAGCUUAAUUAAGUCAAUCAAUUUUUUUACAUUGUUUGCAAACGGAUAUGUGACACGUAUUAAUGCCAACAUAUCAUGCAAAACAGAAAAAAAAUAGAGGCAAAACCUGCCCUGAAUGACGGGUCGCCACUGGUUAAGGUUAGGAGUUAGAUUAAAGGGUUAAGGUUAGGGGACGGGUUAGUUAAAAGGUUUAGGGUAAGGGUUAGCUAAAAUGCUAAAGUUGUCUGUGAUGAGAUUCAAACAAGCAACUUUUGGCUUGCUAGAUGUUCGCGUUACACGCCCAACCCGACCAACCACCCUCAUUUAGUUUUAGCCUUAAGUAACCUUCUAUCUUAUGUAACCAUACCAAACCUAAUAUAUCAUAGUAAUUUGGGUGUCCCGGAUUUACAUGUACUAUGUUACGUCUAGUCUAUGAGACCAGGCUGGAUUUUGAAGUAGCAUGGUUUUCUAAGUUAAAAGCAAAAAGAAAAAUUAUGGAAGUGAAACAUUUGAACUGAAUUGUGGGACAGUGUUAAAAAUGGUGAUUGAACUUGAUUACUGAAACGAUGAUGAUUGAAAACCAUGCCUUAAAAUACAUGUUGAAACUGGCCUUUUUGUUGUCUGCCCCUGCCUUUCUGUGCCUACUUGUCCAAGACAUAACACCUGUCACUUUCCACAUUGUGACAUGUAUACCAUUCACAGAAGCAAGUGUAUUUUUGAGCAUCCUUCCUCUAAAGCUACAGGAAAUGUGUACACCACGACCACAGCUAAACACGACCACAGCUUAACACGACCACAUCUGAACAUGUUUCUGCAGCCAACAUAAAGUGUUGUAUCACCUCUCAGAUUUGAAGAUGGAAAAACCUUGCCUCGUAUUACCAAAUGCUUAUGUAAGACAAUGUUUCAUCUGAGAGGAACAUAAAUGUUUUAGCUGUGGUAGCAUUUUCAGAUUUACUACAAGUCUAUUUAUGGUAUAUUGAAACUCUUUAAUACAGUCUCCUCCUACUAACAGUGUAGGUGAAGUGAGAUACCACAACUCCACCUAUCACCAACCUAUAGCGGGCAAGUGGUGGCUUUGACAUUUCAAUAAACCUUUUCAAUAACCAAGUGAACAUCCUCGAUCCUAUAGGAACAAGAAACGUACUGGCAAAUCUCCAGCGGUCUAGAAUAGAGCACACUUAGUGUUAAGUACAGCAAUUGCCAAUAUUAAACUUCCAUUGGACAGUUGACAGGAUGUCUGGAGGAGAUGUUGUCUACACAGUGCUGGAGGUGCUGAUCGCUGUUGCCUGCUGUCUGGGAAAUGUGCUGGUGAUCUGGGCAGUGUGGUCGAGCAGCAACCUCCGGCAGCCCACCUUCUGCUUUGUGGUCUCUCUGGCUGCAGCUGACUUCCUUGUAGGUUCUGUGGCUGUGCCGCUGGCUGUGCUGGUGGAUGGACGGGUGUGCACCUCAUUCAAUGUAUGUCUCUUCAUAAGCUGUGUGGUCAUCAUGUUGACAAUGACUUCGGUUAUGUCUCUGCUAGCCAUCUCUGUGGACAGAUUCCUACGCGUCUUCAUCCCUCUCAGGUACAAGAGGACAGUGACAAAGAGCAGAUCUUGGGUGGUGGUAGCAAUAUGUUGGUUUGUUGCCUUCAUGUUGAGCUUCACACCCACGUUUGGGUGGUACAACCGUGACACCUUGUCCCACUCAGGGAACUCAACCACCAUCAUCUGCCGUUUCCUGGCUGUGAUUCCCAUGUCAUACUUGGUUUACUUAAUAUUCUUCUUCUGCACCCUCACUCCGUUGCUUGUCAUGGCUGUCCUGUACUGCUACAUCUUCUGUAUCAUACAAAAGAACCUGAGAGGGAGGGUGGGGAGCAGUACCAAGUCCCACACCUACUUCAGGAAGGAGAUGAGCCUGGCCCGAUCCCUGACUCUGGUCCUUGUACUCUUCGCCUUUUGCUGGCUCCCCCUAAACAUCAUGAACUGUGUUGCCUACUUUGGUAACACAUCAAACAUACCCCAACAGGCCUUCUAUGUGAGCAUCCUCCUCUCCCAUGGCAAUUCAGCUGUCAACCCGAUCGUUUAUGCCUUCAAGAUCCGCAAGAUCCAGGAAGCGUACCUGAGGAUUUGGAGGAAGGUCUUUGUGUGUCGAGGUGACAGUCAGGGCUCUCAGACCAACCAGACCACUGAAAACAUUAUCAGCAGCAACCCUAACAGUGCGGAUAGAAAUAUUGAUGGAAAUGCUAUCAGUGUUAUGAAAAUUGACACAGUUGAAGGUACAGCAUGUUAAUAGUGUAGGAAGACAAUAUAAGUGAUAGUCGCUUAGCUUUUUUUCUUUGGCAAAGUGCAUCAAGACCUUAGAACCUGUAUAAAAAGGGAAAACUACUGCCAGGGUGUUAUACAUUGGCAUAUUUUAUAAUAUUUGGCAUUUGUUGAAAAAAACUGAGGGGUAAAAAUAGACAGAGGAAGUUGCAAGGAAGUCAAGUAAGUGGGCUCUUGCAGGUUUCUUUUUACUCUUAUUGAUUUCCUGUUUAAAGACUCUCGUUUCUUGAAUGUACUGAAUUUUAAAUGUUUUUUUCUGUAUGAUCAAGUUUGCCUGAAAUGGUAAUAACAUGAUUUUCCAAUAAAUAUGUAAUGUCUAAUCUGAAAACGUAAAUGUGAAUGUGAAUUGGGCAUAUGAAAUAAGGAAAUAAAAAUUGCAAUCUCA